AUGAACCUGGAAAGUUUCAACAACUCAUCCGCAAUUGCUUCUUCACAAACCGGAUUUCACGUGACCUUCCAGGAGCGUCAAAAGAUGGAAUUACUGGCUGCUGGAAGUAAAAAUGCCUCAACAAUGGAAGUGUUCAAUUUCAACAUAAGUCAAGCAGUACUCAUCCUGGAAGAGCACAUGAGUGAUCAUGUUUUUGAAGGUACAACCAAGAUCAUGUUGUUCUCCGGAUAUGUGCUACUCAUCAUCGCUGGUGUGUGUACAAACCUGCUAGUCUCCCUAGUCAUCAUGUCAAACUCACGGUUGAGGGUAGCGCGCAACUUGCUCAUCGUCAACCUCAGCUUCGCAGAUCUCAUGUUGUGCCUCUUCUGCAUGCCCUUCACCCUCGUCGACCUCCUCAACAGAGACUGGAGCCUGGGCUCAUUCCUGUGCCGCGGGGUUCCCUUCGUCCAAGGAGUCAUCAUCUUCGUCUCGGCCGCGACCGUCUCCGCCAUAGCAGUGGAUCGUCAGCAGGUGAUUGUCAACUUCAACAGCAGACAGAAGCUCGACAAGGGCAGAACUGACAUGCUGCUGUACACAUCGAUCCUGUGGUGCUUCUCUGUGAUCCUGUCCUUGCCUAUCAUCUUCUCCAAAACAGUCACCACUGUCUCGAUAGCUGGCAUGGUGCUUUAUGAGAAAUGCAUCGAGCAGUGGCCAUCGAAGCAUGCCAAAGCCAUCUAUACCAUUCUGAUCCUGGUGACUCAGUUUUUCACGCCAAGUGUGGUGCUGAGCGUUACGCACUUCCGGAUUAAAGCCUAUCUGAACAGGAACCAGAGAAAACACGACGCUAAAAGUUCUCCCCGAACAUCGGAGCGUCUGCGAAAAGAACUUAGGAGGAACAACAGGGCUACUGUGGUUCUGUCUUUCAUUUCGGUUGUGUUUGCCUGCAGCUGGCUUCCUUGGAAUGCUUUCAACAUCAUGGCAGACUUUGAUCUUCUAUCUAGCAUGCCCACGGAUCAGUUCUAUUUGGCGUUUGCUGUAUGUCACCUAGUUGCCAUGACAUCCAGUGUCACUAAUCCCAUUCUUUACGGUUGUUUCAACAGCAAUGUGAGGAGAGAAUUGAGACAAAUGAGAAAAGCUGCAGGCAGACACAUUUUUGGCUCCUCCAAGUUGGGGAAAAGCGAACGCACCAAUGGCUCGAUUCUUUUUGAAAAUACAUACAUUCGAUCAACGGCGAGGAAGGAUUUUCAAGAAAGUCAACUAUAG